AUGGGAUGCGUUUUGAAGACGUUACUGACAGAAGAACAGCAGAAAUUCUUAGGCCAUGGCUCAUCGCUCGAAAACAAAUAGAAUCAAUGGAUUUGGUAGGAGAGGGUGCUUUUGCGACUGUAUAUAAAGGACGAUACCUUAGGGAUGUUCCACCGACGAUAGUCGCCUUGAAGAUGUUGAAAGACAGCUGUCGUAAAGAAGAUAUUGUUGCUUUCGUGGAUGAAGCGCUAGUGAUGGGGGAAUGUCAUCAUCGGAACGUGGUAGGCCUGAUCGCUGUGUCUAUUGACCAAUACUUGCAGCUCCCCAUCAUUGUAGUUCCUUACAUGCAGAACGGGGAUCUCCAGACGUACCUCAGACGGAUAAAAAAAGAAGAAGACAAACAACAACAG